AUGGGAGAUUCUAGUUUGGUGAGUAGUCCAGACAUUAAGUCUGGGCAGCUUUAUAUAAAGCUCCCCACACUGUGUCAUUUGUACAUUUGGCCGUUUGCCUUGUUCGUUUAUCCUUACAUUGCAUACGUUUACAAGAAUCAUCUAUUUUCCGAUGAAGUUCGUUAUUUAACCUACAUUGCUUCUGGAACAUUAAAUGUAUUAGUUUGGCUAAUCGGCGAAUGGAAUACGCAUAUGUAUUGCCUUUUGACAUGCAGAAAGAGCAACUCUAUAGAUGAUGCUACACACAUAAUGGUGGUCCCUAGCAAAUCUGGAGACAGCAGCAGUGUGGAACCAAUUGAAAAAACGGUUCUUCCCGAUGGCCAACGCGUUCAAUACUCAUUUGUUUUCCAGAAAAAGCGCUAUCUUUUUAAAGACGAGAAUAAACAUUUUACCAAUGUAACAUUUCCUAUGGAUUCUUCUCUUACAAUCAGCGAUUUUAAGAAUAGCUCUGGUUUAAAUUCAGCCCAAGAGGAUAUGUACAAGUGUCACUAUGGUAGAAACGUCUUUGAUAUUCCUAUUCCUUCAUUUACUACCUUAUUCAAGGAGCACGCAGUUGCUCCUUUUUUUGUUUUUCAAAUUUUUUGUUGCGUUCUAUGGUGCUUAGAUGAAUACUGGAAGUUUUCCCUUUUCUCAAUGUUUAUGAUCGUGGCUCUUGAAUGUUCUGUUGUCUGGCAACGUCAGCGUACUUUGGUUGAAUUCCGUACCAUGAGUAUUCAGACGUAUGAUGUUCAAGUAUACCGUAACAAGAAAUGGAUGCCUGUCUUAACUGAGGAUCUUUUACCCAACGACAUUGUAUCCAUCGUACACACCAAAGAAGAUCUUGGACUCCCUUGCGACUUACUUUUAAUUUCCGGAACCUGCGUAGUCAAUGAAGCCAUGCUAUCUGGAGAGUCUACCCCCUUGGUUAAAGAAUCUAUUGAAUUACGCCCAGAGGAGGCUGUAGUAGAUUUCGGUGAUAUUGACAGAAAUGCUGUUUUGAAUGGUGGUACCCGAAUUCUUCAAGUUACACCUUCUCCGUUCUCAAAAAUCAAAACUCCUGAUGGUGGCGUACCUGCUAUUGUACUUCGUACUGGUUUUGAAACAAGUCAAGGUUCUCUUGUGCGUACAAUGGUGUUUUCCUCCGAAAAGGUUACCGAAAAUAACUGGGAAAAGCUUUACUUCAUACUGUUUUUGAUGGUGUUCGCUAUCGCUGCUUCUGCUUAUGUAUGGCAUAUUGGUAGCCAAACUGACAGAAGCCGCUACAAGCUAAUGUUGGAUUGCAUUAUGAUUAUUACCUCUGUCGUCCCUUCUGAACUUCCUAUGGAACUUUCUUUAGCGGUGAAUGCAUCAUUAGCUGCAUUAUCCAAGUAUUACAUUUACUGUACUGAACCUUUCCGUAUUCCUGUAGCAGGACAUGUGGACAUUUGCUGUUUUGAUAAAACUGGUACUUUAACAGAGGAGCAUAUGGUUGUUCAGGGCAUUUCUGGUUUAAACAAAGAAGAUCCUUCUCGCCUUGAAACUUUAAAUAGUAUCCCUAUUGAAACUGAAUUGGCUAUCGCUACUGCUCAUACACUAGUGUUGCUUGAACAAGAGGGCGAGCCUGCUAAGACCGUGGGUGAUCCGAUGGAGAAAGCUACUGUUGAAGCUUUGGGCUGGUCAGUAAGUAAGAACAACGUUGUUAUCCCUCCUGAAUCUUCUGUUUUCCAUAAAGGAAAGGUUCAAAUUACUCGUAACUUCCAAUUUUCGUCUGCCUUGAAACGUCAGUCCUCUGUGUCCAAUGUACGUGUCGCUGGUGGUAACCAAAGGACAUUUGUAUCUGUAAAAGGUGCACCAGAAGUCAUUGCUACUAUGUUGAAGAACGUCCCAAAAGAUUAUGAAAAGAUAUACAAAGAAUAUGGUCGUAAAGGAUCUCGUGUUUUGGCUCUUGCCUGCAAGCACUUCAAGAACUUUGUGUCAGAAAGUAAGGUAACCGAUUUGACGCGCGAAGAAAUAGAAUCUAGCUUGGAAUUUGCGGGUUUCCUGGUAUUUAGCUCUCCUUUGAAGGAUGAUGCUAAGGGCACCAUUCAAAUGUUGAAUAACUCUUCUCACAGAUGCAUGAUGAUUACUGGUGAUAACCCCUUGACUGCAGUCUAUGUUGCCGAACAAGUCGGUAUUGUCGAAAAACCUACUUUAGUGUUAGACGCUAAUGAAACCUCUAAAGGAAGCAUGGAAUGGAAGAGUACUGAUGAUACUGUCACUCUGCCUAUGGAUUGCACGAAGAAAUUGGAUGCUUCUUUAUAUAAAAUGUAUGAUCUUUGUGUCACUGGCCGUGCUCUUUCCGAGAUUGAAGAUCCUGCUGUGUUGCUGUCUGUGUUGACACAUGCUUGGGUGUAUGCUCGUGUUUCACCGGCUCAAAAGGAACUUAUGAUUGCUACUUUGAAAGAUAGCGGUUAUGUUACUCUGAUGUGUGGUGAUGGAACCAACGACGUUGGUGCUCUCAAGCAAUCUCAUGUCGGUAUCGCGUUAUUAAAUGCAUCAGAAGAAGACAUGUUGCAGAUGCAGGAGCGGGCUCGAAUGAACAAUUUGAUGUCGGUUUACGAGAAGCAAAUAAACCUUUCCAAACGGUUCAAUCUUCCUCCUCCUCCUGUUCCUCCAGCCUUGUGCCAUGCAUUUCCCGCCGGACCUAACAAUCCUCACCGCGAAAAGACUCAAGAAAAUUUAACUAAAUAUUUGGAUGACUUGAAGGUAAAGAAAGAAGGUGAUACUGGACUAACGGAAACCGAACGCUCUGCCGAAAAACGUGCCAAUUUAGCAAACAAAAUGUUUGACACAAUGGCAGAGGCUUCAGACGAUGAUGCGCCGAAGAUUAAAUUGGGUGAUGCUUCUGUUGCUGCUCCAAUUACAUCCAAAUUAGCCGUGACUAAUUCUGUCAUUAACAUCGUUCGUCAAGGACGUUGCACUCUGGUUGCACUUGUUCAAUUGCACAAAAUUUUGGCAUUGAAUUGUUUGAUUACUGCUUACUCUCUUUCCGUUUUGCACUUGGAUGGCAUUAAAUUCGGUGAUACUCAGUAUACCAUCUCCGGUAUGCUUAUGUCUGUUUGUUUUUACUGCGUUUCACGGGCGAAGCCUAUGGAGACUCUUUCAAAAGAGAGACCUCAACACCGUAUAUUCAACACGUACAUUAUUGGAUCUGUAUUGGCACAAUUUAUUGUCCAUGUUAUUACACUGAUUUAUAUUACAAGGUGUGUGUAUGUUUAUGAGAAUCCUUUGGAUAAAGUUGAUUUGGAAGAAAGCUUCAGUCCUUCGUUGCUUAACAGUGCAAUUUACCUUCUGCAGUUGAUUCAACAAGUUUCCACCUUUGCAAUCAACUAUCAAGGACGUCCUUUCCGAGAAGCUUUAAGUGAAAACAAAGGCAUGUAUUAUGGACUUUUGGGAACUGCAUUUGUUGCUAUAGCUGGUGUUACAGAGUUUAUACCCGAACUCAAUUCCAAAUUGCAACUUGUAAAACUUCCUUUCAAUUUCCAAAUGCAAUUACUGUAUACUAUGGUACUUGACUAUGGAGCCUGCUGGGUCAUUGAAGAAGUUAUGAAGAAAUACUUCCGUGACAACAAGCCUAAAGAUAUUGUUUUGCGAGAUUAA